AUAACAUAUAUAUUAUGUAACAUAUUCUACAAUCAGAAAGAUUUAGAACAUUUGCAGGAGGUUACAAUAGUGAAGCCUGUCGCCAAAGAGUACUACUUAGGAGGUGACCGGAGAGAAAAUAUGCACAGUGACCAUUGUUAAGUCAAAACCUAUUUCUGUGGGGCACUGACAGCUACACUUCACUUGUUUUCUGCUGCUGACAAAGUGCUUGUGGUUGAGGAGGGGGUGAGUAAAAGCUUUAGCUCUCCGUAAGGGACCUCCUCUCAAGAGAAAUUUCUACAAAAGUUGUCUGGGGGAAGGAGGUUAAAAAAAAAAGGCGGCUGAAAGGAGAAAUCGCGGCGGGAAGGCCCCAUCAGAGAUGGUUCCUCCUGGUCCCCCUCCCCGCAGUAGAACCGGUCCGGACACAGCGGGGCCACUCGCCAGCCGUGACCGCGACCACAGAGCCCGGGGGCGGGCGGCGGCACCGGGGCCGACGGGAGCUGCCCCGCCAGCGGCCCCUCGGGCUGCGAGAACCCCGCGGCAGAGCCCCGGGCGCGCCGAGCGCAGCCCGCUCCCAGCGCCGCCCGAGUCCCGCUGCCCCGGGGCUGCCGCGGGGGACCGGAGUGACCGUGACCGUGCCCGCCCGGCCGCUGCCCCGCCGCCCGGCCGCGGGGCCGCCCCUUCACCCGCCGGCCGAGAGCGGCCCGAAGUUGUGCGGGGCCGAACAAUGCGGCGAGGACUAUUUGUCCUUCCGCCGGCCGGGGGAAGGGAGCGGCGGGCGCGGGGGAGGGUCGGGGGGGCCGCUCCUCGCCGCAGGUCCCGGGGCGGGCCGGGCCGGCUGAGCCCUCCCCGGGCCGGUUACGAAAUGCCGGGGAGCCCAGCCCCAUCCCGUCCCGCCCAUGCCGGGGGUAGGCUGGCUGGGACUGUGGCACACUGCGCCGGCCGCGGGCCUUUGCGAGAGCCGCGUUCGGAGCAGCGCUGCGUUCUGCCCUGUUCUGUCCCGUCCCGUCCCCGCCGCCCUGCGCCUGCCGGCUUGGCUGCCACUGAGAGACUGGCGGGGCAGCAGAACUCCAAGCGGCUCGGCCAGGGGGAAAGUCUGAUUACCCGCAGUCCCUGCUGCCGCUCCAAGCCCUGCACUCCGCGCUUCCUGCGGGAGUUACGCACCAGCACGAGGGCUCCGUACGAGCGCGGCGCAGCUCGUGGCCGUGAGCGCCUGGAACACUCCUCAUCUUCCCCUAGCUCAAGAAACGAACCUGAACACCACCAGUGAAGAAGAGCUCUCAGCAUGGCCCUGCCUACCGCUCCUAGGAGGUGACACCGCGGCCAGCAGCGGGUGUCGCAGCCAGCCAGUCCUACCGAGCGGCCGGUGCGGGCUGUGCCAUGCAGCACGGCCCCGCUACCAGAGGGACAGACUGCUGGCAAAAACAGUCCAGGGACUGGGCAGCUGCAGCACUUCGAACCACUUCAUUUUAAGAGAAGCCAUUUAUGAACUCAGAAAACACAGAUUACAACAAAGAGUCCUGUAACUGAGAUUAAAAAGGGGACUUAUUUUCAGUGAGGAAAUAAUACAAUGUUUUACGUUUACUAUGUGAACUAUAUGCCUUUCACUACACAUUCUUUAUGAUCAUCACAUCACACAGUUCAAUGUGAACAGUUUUGAAAUACCUCUAGUACGAUCAUUACUGGGGAAAGCCAUUGGGCAAAGCAUCUUCCACUAGUAAGUUCUCACAAUGAACGAUGUUGGCUAGGUAGUCAGAAUACAGCUAAUUUGCAGAAAGGAUAAAACAUGAGUAUCACCACCUUUAGCCUUGUUUCCUAGAGAAAUCACUUGCACACUGUGUUCAUGGGGAUGGAUGAGUUUUUUUAAUAAAUCACAAAUUCACUUGCUAAUUUCAACCACGGAAAAUUAGACCACAUUCAUGCAUGUCAUGGAAACAAGGAUUAAAGGAGAGGAAAACAGGAGACUUAGCACAUUUACUGAAGAAAUGAGUAGUUAAGGUCAAUCCUUGUUAGCCAAAGAACCCAGGGAUGCAAACCCAGGCAGUUCCCUUCCGGCAGAAAAAAAUUCUGGUAUUCUGUCUGCCACAGGAAGUGGAAUCAUCCAUCUGUUUUACACAGAACUUUUUGAACAUUUCCUCAUCUCCAAAGUUUCACAGGAGCCAGGAAAUAAUUGCUUUAAUGUAAUCAAAAGCCAUAUAACCCAUAGAUAAUGUUUUACAUUCUCAAAUUGCUUGGAAGAAUUUAACUAAAGUCUGACUACAGCCGAUCAUCAGCCAGUCCCAGAUGGGUCCCUCAUGCAUGAGAUUCCUACCCAAAACUAAUUCCCUGCUUGGCACUGGGAAGAGUUUCUGUCCUUCACACACCUAAUGGACCAUCAGAUGAUGCACUUUAGGGAACUAAUGGAUAACAGAGAGGACCACAUUUACAGAGGAAAAUCAGAACUUUGAAGAAUAGUAGGAACUCUUUACACCAAGCACAUAUAUACACUUCAAACUACACUGAAAGAAGCUUCCUUUCCUAAGUCAGUAGAGUGAUAAUAUGGAGUUUUUAAGGCUUUAGGAAGAAAAACAAAGCUCAGAGUUGAAGUUCUAUUUUGAACAUUGUUGCAGCCACAUCAUAGGUGGACCCUGGUAUGAAGAGAAUGGUUAAUACUGAAGUAUUUCCCUCCUCAUAUAUAAUCAAUAUUAUUGUUUCCAAUAAUAUCUGCAGAACACAUCAGAUUAAUUUUCAUUUGGGAAUGAAAUUGUAGGCAGUCUCCUUGUCAUACAUAUUUAUAAUUUCCUUGUAAUUAACAUAAAUAUUUCUGUUAGAAAUAGAUUUUUUUACUUUCUUUUUCAAAGAGCAGUUUACUUUCUAAACAGCAUAUUUAUGUUUUCUGUUCCUCUGUGCUUAUACAGUAGUAGCUAUGACCUCCAGAGCCAUAAUUCUACCACAGCUGCAGGUCCUGGGGAGCUGGCUUAUAGCAAAGAGGCUUCUGAAUGAAAUACAACCUUAAAUCAAGAUUCAACAGCUUUUAAGAAUAGGGAACAUAAGAAAACCAUGCUGCUCAGACCAAAGGUCCACCUAUCCCAGUAGCCUAUUUCCAAAAUAACAGCUCAGUAUACAGUUUCUCUUUUCAGCUUAGUCUCUCAUAUGUUCUCAGUGCAGUGACUAUUCAGUGGGAUUCUGGAGAACAGAAAUGGGUUUGGCCCAGUGCCUGUUCUUGGUAUUGCAUCAUUUCCAGACUAAUGAGAAAGAUCAAUCAUUACCCAGUACAGAAUACUCAGGGAAGUAUGUAAGAAUAAGGCACGAGCAGAGUAAUCCUGUACCUGACAUAUUCCCCUUCUUGCCAAUAAGAAAAUUAAUAAUUUCUCAAGCAAGAAGUUGCAUUUGAUUAUUGGUUUUAGUGGCUAUUGAGAACUCAUCCUUCAUUAAUUUCUUUUGUUCAUGUUGAAUUAUUUUAACUACUCAGUAGCCAUAUUUGUAGAAAUCAUGACAAAAGGGUCAUCAAGUAGUGAAAUUCUAAUACUGUCAACAGGGUAAAUAUGCACCAUGAGGAAGACUCUUUGAAAAUCCUUAAAGGAGAUCCAAGUCUUGAUGGUGAGACUUGUGAUUGUUCUCCAUCAAAUACAGCAUCAAUAUAUUGCCAUUGAAAGCAAGUGCCAAGUUAAAAUAUGAGAUUUUAGUCAGUUGUUUUACAUUCCCUAUAUCACCUUAUCUUUAGUUGUAAAGUCAAGGUUUUACAGUAUGGAACAUACUGUGAAUAGCCCAGGAUAUCAUGGUUAGUUUGCUACUAUAGGCAAACUUGUGCCUCUUGGUUGUUGGGCAGACCAAGCCAAAUGGUUAAAGGUCAGUGUCCCUCUGCAUUUGCUUUAGUAGGGCUCGGGGUCUUCUACCCAAAUUCUUAUGUUCGUGAAACUUGUAGAGAUUUACUAUCUUGGACACAAGUACCCUCUGUUAAAUUGAAUUAAAAAUUGGAAAAUACUUUUUAAAAGUUAUUGGAAAGACAAACAGAUAAACUGGUAGUGCAACUGCAGAAAUUUAUCUUCUGUAAACAAAAACCAGAAUAAAGCAGUUAUAAAAGGUACUUGCCAUAAUUCUGUUCUGAUUGAAGUCAAUGGAUAUGAAGCAAUUGGCUUCAAAGGAGCCCAUCCACUGUCCCUUCAGAACUAUUUCCAGCAGAAAUGUCACAGCCUGUCAAAAUAAUUCAUAUUACAUGUGGAAAUUUUUCAUUAUGUUCUCUAAGAAAAAUGGUUAUUUCAAAGUCAAGAGAUUUUUCUUCUAACAUUGUUCUGUAUUAAUCCCUUCUUUUUCAAACUGCACAAAAAAUUUAAAUUGAUCAUAUAGCUCAAGGCAAUUCCAAAGUUUACAUUCAUUGCUGAUGGUGAUUGAAGUGAUGGUUAUUAGAGACCUAAGCAGCUGCAUUGCUAUCAAGGUACUGCUCAGAACUGAAAAUUGAGGGGUUGCUGAGCCCAAGCUCAAGUUCAGAACAUACUUUUAUCUCUGGGAGGCAAGAAUUAUUGUACAGUUUGCAAUUUUUUUUUCAGUGUCAGACUCAGUUUAAGGUUUCUGAAAGGCUACUGUUGUAUAAAUAAUUUUGAAUAUUGCCUGCCACUUCACAAUUUUAAAUAUUAUGAUCAUUGAUCUUAUUUUUAAUGUUAAGGGGAACAUUUUAGCAGCACAAAUAGAAGACUUGCAGCAGAAUCUUGCCCUCCUGAACCAUAUCAGAGUUUUAAGUUUCUCUUCAGGGAAGCUAUGAUUUUCUUUCUGGGCUUUCAACUUAGUCAAUAAUCAAGUAACUUCAUAUAGGUCAGUUUAAUUUUCUUUAUCUCAGUUGCCUCACAUGUAACAUAAGAGUAGAUAAUAACCUCCCUUAAAGGCUUGCCAAGAAGAACCAAGCUAUAAGAUCUUCAAAUGAAACACAUAAUAAAAAAGAUUUUAUGUAAUUUGACAUUUAAAACUAGAACUGGGUAACAUUCUACAUACCUGUAAGACUGUAUUUUAAUUUUGGAUUAUAGGGUGGAUGUACAUCAAGCAAAAUAUUAGAUAAUUUAUACAUUUUACCACUAGGGAUAUACUACCUUCAUUUAGAAAAGCUAAUAAUGUUAAUCUAAAACUCCCUCAUUAUUGAUAUUUGAUACACAAAUAUUUAAAGAGAUUCUGUCCUACACUUCAUUUAAAUAUAUUUUCAAACUUUAUGAGAAAUACAUUUAAAAAUUACUGCCUUUAGAUGUGCUAUUAAAAUUUAUACAUAUGAUCUGCAUUUCCUAUUAUCCAUACAAUAGCUAAAGAAUACUUAAGUUUCUGUUACCUGUGAAAGCAAUGAUUUUCUAAAUUCUUUUAAUUCAGAGAUCAUGAUUUUAACUUUCUUUUUCUAUGCGAAAUUUCACUCACCCAAUUUCACUCAUCACAUUUUAAAAUAUGUAUUUAUUUCAAUAGGAAACAGUUUCCAUGUUUCCACCUUCUACCUGAUAUUAUAAAAACACUGUAAAACAGGUUGCAACUCUAUAUCAAUAUAGCCUUUAAACUGUCCUUAAAUCAAAUAACAAAAGAUAAACUGUUAGAGUAUCAUUUGAGCGAGACCUGCUUGCUGGGAAGAGGUGGUGUUUGUUAGGUAUUUUUUGUUUCAUGCUGCAGCUAAGUAAGUUUAUAUUGCAUUUAUGGUGGUUAAACUGAAAUUAUAAAUAACUGAAAUGAUAAAAUAGCAUGAGGUAUAUAUAACUAAAACCAAAAAUGUUUUACUCCUUAGUCUGUGAGACAAGACCUUUCCUGAAGCAAUUCCAAACAAGCAGGAAUUUUUUUUCAUAGUACAUUUUACAGCUAUUUGGGCAAUUGUAGCUUAAAAAUAAAAUAAAACUUAGCUCUUUGCUAUGAGUUAUUGCUUAUUUGCAUUUCACAUUUUCAGAGCAUAUUUUCCACCUCUCCACUACAGAAUACAUAACACCUAAACAGCUUUUUUUUUUGCCAAAAAGAGUUACCCCAAUUUUUUUCCCCAUGGGAGAGACCUUAUUUUGAUCAAUAAGGAAACAGUUUUAAGAAGCUUGAAGAGAUUUCUUGAGACAAAAAUGUUUCCAGUGGCAUUGCUUUUCAAACUACCAUCGAAUGAUAAGCAGUGAUACUUUGCUACAUAAGGAACUACAACUGCCAUGGAACAAGGUAACAACAGAACUGUUACAUUUAUCUCAUGGCUCUCACGAUCCUGGGCUUGAGAGCGGCUCAGCGCCACCUUUUCGGUCUGACUCAGCUCUGCUCAUCUGGAUAGCUGGUCAUCCCCACAUACCAUUUGAUUCACUGACCUUCUGAGGUCCCUUCCAAUGUGAAUUACCCUAUGAUCGUGUGAUCCCAUGAUUCUUCUUAUUAAUUGGUUUCUGUUAAAACCUCAGACCAGCAGAGAAACUGCACAUGAAAAACUUCUAUAGGCAAAACUUCAUCAGAGAGGAUGGACUGAUGUCUCUGACCUACAGUCAGCCUUUAGGAAGGUUAGCAAUGAAAUAUCAGAUAAUUUGUUUUGAGGUUUUUUCUACAUUGGAGAGAAUGUUUAGCAUGAUGUAAAGCCAAAUUAAAAGUAGGACAAAAAGCUUUUGGGGGAAUAGACACAUGCUAAAUAAAAGUGGCUGCUGCCACUGCCACCCUGCAGGGUCUUACAAAAUAUCAUGUAAUGUGUCAAUGUGAUUUAUUUUUAUGAAUUAUUCCUAUGGGCAUGAUGUAUGUAUUCUGUGAAGAUUAAAAGGAGUUGUUUCUUUAGAGAAACUACAUUAAGAAUCACUGUAAAGUCAUAGUUUAAUUCUGCAGAACAGAAGAUCCCACUCACUGAACUUUUAUCAGUAUUACAAAAUAAAUAUUGUAUACAAAUUUCAUCUCAGAACAAUUCACAAGGCUGAAUACAUUUUACAAAGUCAGUGAAGUUUGACAUGAAACAGAUGAGGCACUGAGCAAAAAUAUUUUCCAAUUUUGAAGCUAAGCAUUCAGAGACAUAUUUCCUGUACUGUAGGAUUUAAUUUUCUUAAUGAUAUCUCUUAGUUAGCUCUUCAAGAACUGACAAACUGGCUCCCACUGUUGCCCACUUUAUUUAAGGUUACCUGUCUGUCAAUUGCUUCUAGAGGCACCAGUUCCAGAAGAAUUAGUCAUUUCAACCCACACUGAGCAAGUCUAUGAUUAUCUCUGAAACGUUAUUUCCAGUGGCUUUUGCAUCUUUCUAGUAAUCUGUACAGAAAGGCACACUACACUUGACACACGACUACUAACCAUGUAAGUUCCUAUGAUAAUCACAACAGAAUAUUCCUCUGUGCAGUGAAAAGCUUCAAGGAGCACAAGGCCAAGCUGUCUCAGCACCAGAGAGCAUUUAAUGAAUGGCCUCUAGAGCUGCACUGACUGCCCUCUUGGCUCUCACUGCAGGUACCAAGUUUGCACUGGAGCACAUUCACUAUCAGCACAGUUAGUAUUUCUAACAGGUGACCAUUUUAAUGUAAACAGGAUUCCCUCUGCUUUCAGCUGCUACUGGACUCAACAGCUAUCACUGUGUGCAGGAAGGCUGUCAGAAUUCACAACUUGAAUAUGUUUAAAACUUUAGACACUAUAGAAGGUUUUACAUGUGUGCAUGAGAGGAUGUGAAAAUAAUCCAUAUUUUGUGUAUAUAGAGAUAACUACUGUCAUCUUCUCAUAUUUCUACAUAUUUUUCCUUCUUCUUUCAUAGUGUGUUGUGAUUACAAUAAACUUUUAGUUCUUAGAAUUGUUUAGUCUUCAUCAGCAAACAAAAAUUUUCGUGGCAGACCACUUAUACAUGAGAAUGUAGCUGCACUUGUCAAUUAUUUAAAUACAUAUUUAUCUACAUAUACAUAUGUUAACUCCAACACAAGG